AUGGACCUAAACAACAUCAAGAAGCAGGUCUCGAACCUAACGCUGUACGACCUCAAGGCCGGCGUGCGGAAGAUGCAAAAUGCCGUCAUGAACUUCACAGAGAUGGAGGCUAAGGUUCGCGAAGCAACGAACAAUGAACCAUGGGGCGCUUCGUCAACCCAGAUGCAGGAAAUUGCCGAUGGCACCUUCAACUACCAAACCCUGAACGAGAUCAUGCCCAUGAUUUACCGGCGAUUCACGGAAAAGUCGGCCGAAGAAUGGCGGCAAAUCUAUAAGGCGUUGCAAUUACUCGAGUACCUGAUAAAACACGGCUCCGAACGUGUCAUCGACGAUGCCCGAUCCCAUAUUACGCUUCUCAAGAUGCUGCGCCAAUUCCAUUUCAUUGAUCAGAACGGCAAGGACCAAGGUGUUAACGUCCGGCACCGCGCCAAGGAACUGGCCGAACUUCUCGGCGACGUUGAACGCAUUCGAUCAGAGCGCAAGAAAGCACGCACAAACAAGGGCAAGUUCACCAGCAUGCAGAGUGCUGGAGGAUUUGGCAGCUCUAGUCGCUAUGGUGGGUUCGGAAGCGACUCUGGUUACGGCGGCGGUAGUAGCAGCUCGACGUUCGGCGGAUACUCUGGCGGCGUGUACGGCGACGGGGGUGGCUUCGGAGGCCAAUCCGACGAUUACCGCUCCACCCAGGGGCGUGGAGACAAGUUCGAGGAAUACGAUGAGUUUGACGAAGGAGAACGACCUGCUGCGUCGGCGAGCGCCGCUCGGGUGACGCGGGAUACUAUUGAGCGGGCGGGCGUGAAGCGAACCACGGAACAGCCAAAGAAGAAGGAACCCGAGGUGGACCUCUUCGACUUUGACGAACCUGCCGCUCCGACCGUGCCGGCUGUUUCUGCCCCUGCCCCUACCAACCCUUCCGGACUGGCGGCGCUUGAUAGUGGUGCCACCGACGACGACGAAUUUGAUGAUUUCCAGUCCGCAUCGCCUCCCAAGCAGACAGCAGCUCUCCAGUUGCCUCUGGCCGCACCCAAGCCGGUAUCUGCGCCUCAACAGGCGAAUUUGAGCGGGAUGGUCGCUUUGUCUUCUAUCUCCCCACCCCCGAGCUCCACUGCCAGCCCGGCCGGCAACAUGUCGGCUUUCUCUACCCCCCUCACUGCGAGUACGCUCUCCACGGCGGCGCAGGCGCCUAAGCCGACUGGAUACCAGGCAUCUGGACCCAAUUACUUCUCCUCAGUGCAACCUGCCGCUCCAUCUUCGCUCGGAGCCAAAACAUCUGGUGGCGCUCCAACUACUAAGCCGGCCUCGGGGGGAGACGCUUUCGGUGCUUUGUGGUCUCAGGCAAGUGUUGGCAUCAAGAAAAACACGCAAACCGGGCCGGGUCCGGCCAUGGGACAACUUGCAAAGGAAAAAAGCAGUGCCGGGAUCUGGGGUGCCCCUGCCUCGACAACCUCGAGCAACACUGGAGCGGGUAAUAAGCCACUCGGUAAUGGACUCGAUGACCUUCUGGGUUAG